UAGGAUCCAUCACCAAUUGAAGAUUACCGUUGACGCACUACACUUGCUUUAGGGGAGAAGAGCAAUUAUAACCAGUCCAGCCGGUUUUGCGCACCACAAAUCCAGACAAGCCAGCAAGUAAACUCGGCAAAGACUUUAAUACACAACUCAAUUCUAUCGACCAUGGCCUCAAUCGCACGUCCGCUCAGGCAGGUCGCCUGCCGGGCCGGCCCGACCUCGCUGGCUCAGCGCACCCUCGCCAACAACGUCCCCAGGAUAGCUGCCUUCCACGCCUCAAGCAGGAGAAACCUGCUGCCGCCUCUGCCUCAAAAAAUCCAGGGAACCGUCAACGACCCUGCCCCCGUCCCGAGCCCGUCCCCAAGCCACGGCCACUACCACUGGACCUUUGAGCGCAUCUUGGCCGCCGGCCUGGUGCCGCUGACCGUCGCUCCCUUCGCCGCCGGCUCCUUCAACCCCGUCAUGGACGCUGUCCUCUGCAGCACGUUGCUGCUGCACUCGCACCUCGGCCUCCAGAACGUCAUCACCGACUACCUGCCCCAGAAGCGCGUCCCCAAGUCCCGCAAGGCCGCCAUGUGGCUGCUCAACCUCGCCACCGCCGUCGUCGGUGUUGGUCUGUACGAGUUUGAGACCAACGACGUCGGCUUGACCGAGGGUGUCAGGAGGAUCUGGACGGCAUGAGCGGCGAUUAGGGGGGUUUAUGGAUGUUGGUUAUAAGAAAGAGAGGGUCAUAGAGGACCCGAAAGCGAACGGCUAGGGAUGUAGCAGUCUUUUCGUAAAAUUGGAAUUGUAUAAGGUGUCUUUUGGUUCCCGGGUUGGCUUUUUGGCGCCCGUUGUGUUCACUAGGUCCACAUGAAAGGCCAUCACGGCCGAUUUUCUAGCUUCAGCAAUGCCAUAUGGUAUUUUAACCACGAGUUGAGACCUUGAAUCCCUGCUAUACGUAGUGUAGCGUACGUCGGGAAUACCAACAGAAGUCUUAAUGUUGCCAAGUCUAAAACCAA